UUGAUCCAAAGUCUGAUUAUAUAAGAAAAACAAUUCCAUCAAACUUCCCGGCAAAUUUCUUAUCAUCGGCAUUUCUAGGUUAAAAGUCUUCACCUUAUCGCGGUGUCAACAUUUGAGAUUUUUGACAUUUUCACUCAUUUUCGACUCUUGUGCAGUUCUACGCAGAGGUCUUCCUCUCACCCAUCAACAAAGUUACUUCAUCAAAACAGACGCCACUUAUGGCUCUAAGAAGUUUCCGUUGUGCCUUAAACUUGCCGACAGCGCGCAGAUUCUCCACUAGCAGCAAGGAGCGUCGCGUUGUUGUUACCGGCGUUGGUGCAGUAUCACCUCUGGGAAACGAUGUCCCUUCGUCUUGGAAGCGGUUGCUGAGCGGCGAAUGUGGGAUCUCGGCAUUAAAAGGUCCGGAAUAUGAAAAGCUUCCAUGCCGAAUUGCAGCACAACUGAUUGACAAGGAACAGCUGCUGCAGUCGAGGUUCAGUAAAAGUGAUAUGAGGAGUAUGAGUCAGGCAACGAUGCUUGUUGAUAUCGCGGCUGAUGAAGCCCUGCGGUCUGCCAGGCUGGAGUCUAUGACAGCGGAGGAGAAGAACAAUGUGGGAGUCUCAGUAGGUAUGGGAAUGUUUGACCUUGCUGAUAUCUAUACCUCAUAUGCGGCAUUUAGUAAAGGCUACAGUCGUCUUAGUCCUUUUUUUAUACCCAGAAUUUUACCGAAUAUGGCUUGUGGUCACGUGAGCAUUAAGUACGGAUUCAAAGGGCCCAACCAUUCGGUGUCGACGGCAUGUGCAACCGGAGUUCAUUCCAUUGGCGAUGCGUUUCGUUUUAUAAAAUAUGGAGACACGGAUGUAAUGAUUUGCGGAAGCGGCGAGUCUUGCAUAGAUCCGCUCUCGGUUGGUGGCUUCUGCAGGUUACGAGCUCUCAGCACAUCAUUCAACGACUCGCCUAAAGAGGCCUCACGACCGUUUGAUAGUUUACGCGAAGGUUUUGUGAUGGGUGAAGGAGCUGCAAUUUUAGUGUUGGAAGAACUAGAUCGUGCCCUGGAGAGAAAAGCACCAAUCCUUGCUGAAAUUUUAGGAUACGGAAUGUCAGGUGAUGCCAAUCAUCUAACCGCGCCCUGUGAAGAUGGUUCCGGAGCUUCUCUAGCUAUGCUUCGAGCAAUGAAAGAUGCGAAAAUAGACAAAAAACAAAUUGGCUACGUUAACGCUCACGCGACAUCUACCCCCACGGGAGACGUAAUUGAAGCGAGAGCCAUUCGAAAUGUUCUAGGCGAUGGUGUGAUGGUCUCCUCAACAAAAGGUGCACACGGCCACUUACUAGGAUCCGCAGGAAAUCUAGAGGCCGUUUUCGUUAUAAUGGGACUGAAAGAGGGAUUCGUGCCGCCUUCAAUAAACAUAAAACAGGUGGGUGACGGUAUUAACUUGAAUUUAAUUCAAGAAGCGACGAGGUGGAAAACUUCGGACGGCAGCAGGCGGACAGCGUUAAAAAAUUCUUUCGGCUUUGGUGGAACCAAUGCCACUCUGUGCAUAGCAGAGUAUAGAGAAAAGUGAUAAAUAUUUGUUGUACUGUUACGUAACAUAUAGUUGUUAAAUACAUAAAAUUUUAAAAGAA